UCCAUCUCGCUUUUUACAUUUUUACCCCCCUCGAUGUUGAUGCUUAUAACACACAUUUUGUUCUGCUAAACUCGGAUAUUAAUCGGGUUUUUUCCCCUCUAUAUUUUCCUCCCUUCAUGCCGCUUCCCCGGCUGUGUUUUCCUGCAUGUUGAGAUGUAUUUGGUGUCUCUUGUCUCCUCCAGUAAGCAGUAACCCAUGUCUGCUGUGUGCAGCCCGCCUCGCUGCGCUCUCAAUAGAUGGUGCAACUCAAAAUGUCCAAAUCGCCUGUAGACCCUCUGUCUGCUGUGGAAACAGGCUCUCAGUCGCACUAUUUUCAGCUGCCCAGGAAGUUGCCUAAACGCAAGAGCCGCUUCAAACGCUCGGAUGGCAGCACGUCUUCUGACACAACAUCCAGCUUCAUCAAACGGCAGGGGUCGGCUGAUUCGUACACCAGUAGACCGUCGGAUUCAGACCUGUCAGCAGAGGAGGACCGCGAGGCGUAUCGGCGUGAAGCCGAGCGCCAGGCACAACUGCAGCUCGACAGAGCUAAGUCCAAAGCUGUAGCGUUUGCAGUAAAGACGAAUGUGAGUUACUGCGGAGCUCUGGAUGAGGACUGUCCUGUCCAAGGAGCUGCAGUCAAUUUCGAUGCCAAAGACUUCCUGCACAUCAAAGAAAAGUAUAAUAAUGACUGGUGGAUCGGCCGGCUAGUAAAAGAGGGAGCUGACAUCACGUUCAUCCCCAGCCCUCUACGACUGGAGGCCAUGAGACUCAAGCACGAGCAGAAACAAAGGAAAACAGGGGGUAACUCCUCCAGUUUAGGGGACAUGGUGACUGGGAGUUGGAGGACCACACCGCCAUCUGCAGGUGAAUCCAAACAGAAGCAAAAACAGGAACACGUCCCUCCCUACGACGUGGUGCCCUCUAUGAGGCCGGUGGUCCUCGUGGGACCAUCGUUGAAGGGCUAUGAGGUGACAGAUAUGAUGCAGAAAGCUCUUUUUGACUUCCUGAAACACAGAUUUGAGGGAAGAAUCUCAAUCACCCGUGUAACUGCCGACCUGUCUCUAGCCAAGAGAUCUGUCCUCAACAAAAGACCCAUAAUGGAGAGAUCCAACACUCGCUCCAGCCUAGCGGAGGUUCAGAGUGAGAUCGAGAGGAUAUUUGAACUCGCCAAAACCCUGCAGCUAGUGAUCCUGGACGCCGACACCAUCAACCAUCCCGCACAGCUGUCCAAAACCUCCCUCGCACCCAUCAUUGUCUACGUGAAAGUUUCCUCACCAAAGGUGCUCCAGAGGCUGGUCAAAUCCAGGGGGAAGUCUCAGAGCAAGCACCUGAAUGUGCAGAUGAUGGCUGCAGACAAACUCUCUCAGUGCCCCCCUGAUAUGUUUGAUGUCAUUUUGGAUGAGAACCAGCUGGAAGAUGCAUGUGAGCAUUUGGCUGAAUACCUGGAGAUCUACUGGCGUGCCACUCACCUGCCAGGCAACACCCCUCUGAACCCCUUAUUGGAGCAGAGUCUGAUGACCCCGCCUUCUGCCAUCUCCAGCCUCCAGAACCAGAACAAGAACCAGCCGCAGCCUCGUGAGGCGGUGGCCCUGGCGGGCGAGGAGGAGGAGGCAGGUGAGGAGGCCCACUCCCCCCUGGAGCAGGACAGUCUCAUGCCGUCUGACGAGGCCAGCGACUCCCUGUCUCGCGGCCGGAGGGGGAGCCCGUGCCACAGGGGGGGCGAGGAGGACGGAGAGGAGGAAGAAGAAGAAGAGGAGGAGGAGGAGGAGGAAGAAGAGGAGGAGGAUGAGUACGCCUCCCCUUGCCAUGCUCGCACGUACAGGGACAUGUACCCCCCUCACCGUGGGCACACCGGCAGUGCCCACAGUGCCAACGGGCACGAGUCAGAGGACAGGCUGCUCCAACGCGAAGCUCAGCAAGGUCACAACCAGAGAAACAACCGCCAGCGCAGCCGCCCCUGGCCUCGAGACACCUACUGAGGAACGAGGCCCCCCUCCGGCCUCCAGAUCAGCACAGAGAUAACCCUCCGACUGUCGCACGUUCCCAAACAUUUAGAA